AUGAAGACAUCGCGAAGCCAUUCCAGGGCGAUUUCGUCGUCGGGCGGGGACGAACUGUCACUCCAAGACUUUUCAAAUUAUCAGCAACGCCAGCAACACGAGCACAAGAAUGGGUUUCUUAAAAUUCAGUCAUGCUGCGCACGAGCGCUAAGCGAUGGAUAUGCAUACGCCUGGAUCGAUACGGUUUGCAUCGACGAGAGAAGCAGCGCCGAGAUCACAGAAGCUAUCAACUCGAUGUACCACUGGUAUGCCAAGGCAGCUGUCUGCUAUGCGUACCUCGAGGAUCUCGCAUCGGAGAAGGAAUCUGUGCCCUUGUCUUCGGACUUGAAGCGAUGUCGCUGGUUUACCCGCAGCUGGACACUUCAAGAGCUCAUUGCUCCGAAGACAGUGAUCUUCUUCAACAAGAGCUGGGACGUGAUUGGGGAGAGGAAGCAUCUUGCACACCAACUAAGCAGCAUAACGGGCAUCGACUGUAAAGCUCUUCUGGGAAACCCAAUUCGGAUGUUCAGCAUCGCAAGUCGGAUUUCAUGGGCAUCUAGAAGGGAAACAACUAGGGCGGAGGAUCUCGGCUAUUGCCUCCUGGGCAUCUUCGGGAUCAAUAUGCCGUUGCUAUACGGCGAGGGCGGCCAGAGAGCGUUCUUCCGUCUCCAACACGAGAUCCUAUGCAACUCCAACAACCAGUCUAUAUUUGCAUGGUCAAUACCCCAGAGCUCCCUCGGUACAGCCUCGCUGUGGAGUCCGCUCACUUCGUCUCCAUCGUUCUUCUAA